AUGCGCUGCCACCCCAUGCAUGGGCAGCACACACUCGCCCAUCCACCCGUGCAUCAUCCCAUCAGCCACCUCUCCUACCCCGUGCCUACCAUGCCUACCAUGCCUACCAUGCCUGCCAUGCCUACCAUGCCAACCAUGCCUACCAUGCCCGCCAUGUCUACCAUACCUACCAUGCCUACCAUGCCUACCAUGCCUACCAUGCCUACCAUGCCUGCCAUGUCUACCAUGCCUACCAUGCCUACCAUGCCUACCAUGCCUACCAUGCCUACCAUGCCUGCCAUGCCUACCAUGCCUGCCAUGCCUACCAUGCCUGCAAUGCCUACCAUGCCUGCCAUGCCUACCAUGCCUGCCAUGCCUACCAUGCCUGCCAUGCCUGCCAUUCCUGCCAUGCCUGCCAUGCCUGCCAUGCCUACCAUGCCUGCCAUGCCUGCCAUGCCUACCAUGCCUGCCAUGCCUACCAUGCCUGCCAUGCCUACCAUGCCUGCCAUGCCUACCAUGCCUGCCAUGCCUGCCAUGCCUGCCAUGCCUGCCAUGCCUGCCAUGCCUGCCAUGCCUGCCAUGCCUGCCAUGCCUGCCAUGCCUACCGUGCCUGCCAUGCCUACCAUGCCUGCCAUGCCUACCAUGCCUACCAUGCCUACCAUGCCUACCAUGCGUGCCAUGCCUACCAUGCCUGCCAUGCCUACCAUGCUUGCCAUGCCUACCAUGCCUGCCAUGCCUACCAUGCCUACCAUGCCUGCCAUGCCUACCAUGCCUGCCAUGCCUACCAUGCCUGCCAUGCCUUCCAUGCCUACCAUGCCUGCCAUGCCUACCAUGCCUACCAUGCCUACCAUGCCUACCAUGCCUACCAUGCCUGCCAUGCCUACCAUGCCUACCAUGCCUGCCAUGCCUACCAUGCCUACCAUGCCUACCAUGUCUGCCAUGCCUACCAUGCCUGCCAUGCCUACCAUGCCUACCAUGCCUGCUAUGCCUACCAUGCCUGCCAUGCCUACCAUGCCUGCCAUGCCUACCAUGCCUACCAUGCCUACCAUGCCUGCUAACCAACUAGCAUCACCCGAUACUGUAUGUGUCACCACGUGUGCCCAUGAGCCUGCUCCAUGUAUGAGCAUGCCUGUGUAUGUACACAUGGCAUGGCGCUAUGACUGCAAGUUUGGACCAACGGAGAAGGGGGUGGGGGCAGGCCACUGGUGUGUGCUGCUAUAG